UUUUCUGGUUCCUUCAGAAGCAGGAAAUGCUUUGAAGCAUUGAAGAGGAAAAGCAGCAGAUGAAAGCAGCACCUUUGGACAGAGGACUUUAAUAAUACAUAUACUGUGCAUUUAUCUUAUUCUUAUCUACAUUUUGCGUCUUUUACCACCAGUGGCUUCAAUCAAACUCACCAUGUCAUCGAUUUCUUUCUUAAUUCUGGGUUUGUUUGUGGCAUCUGUCAGAGCAGAUGAGCCAAAUGGAGAGUCUAUGGCGAGAAUGAACACCAGCAUCACAAAUACCACCAGCAUCACAAAUACCACCAGCAUCACAAAUACCACCAACAUCACAAGUACCUUAAGUCCCAGCAGCAGCUUGAACCCCACCACCACUAUCGCCAUCUCACCCUCGACCACAGAGAGCAAAGGUGGUAAAAAUUUAUCCUCGACCACACCUAAACCCAUGACUACUUCAAAAACUGUGAAAACCACCGUCACUACCAAGAACCCCACUUCACAACCCAGAACUGAUGACAAAACUGGUAUCAUCAUCCUCGUCGUGAUCAUCAUUGUAGCUCUUGCGUUUGGAGUUGCUUGUUUUGUGGUUCAGAAGAGAGGCAGACGCUACUCUGUUGAUUUCACCUCCAGGCCGGAUGAAGCCAACAUCCCUCUGAGUGUCAUAGACCCUGAGUUGCCUGUUGAAUCUGUACCUCAGAACGGCCUGCAAACCUUUGAAAGCAUAGAAACUACAGAAAAAGAAUCACAAGAAACUGAAGCAAAACCUGAGGAACCAGAGGAGCAGAAAGCUGAGGCUGAUAAAUCCGUCAUUGAUCAGAGCGCCGAGUCUGCAGCUCCAGCUCCAUCUGCAGCUCCAGCUCCAUCUGAAGCUCCAGCUCCAUCUGAAGCUCCCGCUCCAUCUGCAGCUCCAGCUCCAUCUGCAGACAGCUCCGAGGACAAACCCAAAGCAAAUGUUGAAGAGCAGAGUCCUCCUGCACCUGUCGAGCCCAGUGGUGGAGAGAAAACUGAUGAUGAAGGCGUUGCCUCCAACAAGACCUCAGUGGAGUCGCUGAAGGAGACGAAUGAGAACAACAGCAACAAUGUUGACUUCAGCCAGAAGACAGAUAUGGUCUUCUGGGAAGUUCCUCUCAACUGUCCGGUGUGAGACAUUAUUGUCGCCUUGAAGCUGUGCUGUUCCUCGGAAACUGGAUCCAAGAAAAAGGUCAAGAGACCCCAGAAAAAAUGACACCUCUUGGAAAGUCUAGUCCACUGUUUCCUCCGGGGUGGAAGCAAUUUUUAUCUUUUGGAACACAGCAGUGUUUUCAGAGUUUAAUGUCAGAUGAGCUCAGCUUUCUACCUAUUGACUAAUUCAUGUGUUCAAAAGUUUAUUAAAGUACUUACUAGAUGUAUAGAUUAAAUGGUAAUGUUGCUACAGUUUUACAGUAAGGUAUGUUUUUCCAGCAUUAUUAUUAAUGACCUCUUUACUAAACAAACAACAAACAUAAAAUCAUGGAUUAUUGUAAAUACAAGCAUUGGUUGUCUAUUGUAGGUUAAAUCCCUCUUUUACACAAACAGAUAUCCUGAAAUGUGGCCUUUAAACCUCCAAAAGUCUUACUUUUUCUACAUUAUAAUAUUUUUUGGUAUGCAUUUGUACACACACAAUACAACAAUAAUAAUCACACCAUGUAUAAACAUUUUAUUAAGGCUGUCCAAUUUAAAUUAUUACAGUAUUAAUGCUUUUGUAGAUGCUGCAUUUUGCUCUUUUAUCUCAUCGUUUGGUACCAUUAAAAGUUUCGAUUUUGCUAAUUGCUGUAAUGUGAAUGGUCAUCUGAAUGUAUUAAAUAAAAACAGAACUUUA